UUCAGAACCCGAAUAGAAUAAACUAAAAAGUCAAUAUAAAAAGAAGGUGCAAAGAUAUAACGAGCUUUCCAUUUCAAAACUAAUUGUUCUUACGUAGUGCAAAAGCUUAUCGGCAUUUUGAUUUUUGUCUAUGGCGGCUAUUCCCACUGGCGCUUACACGGCGGCCGGUGCCUCGCCGCUGCUCCAUCCGAACUCAUGUCUCCUUGUCACCUCCGCUAGAUUCAAUUUUCGGGUGCGUGCAUCAGCAACUACUGCUGGGGGAUCAGUCGCCUCCACCGGCCAGCAACCGCCAACGCCGCCUGCUCCGUCGAGCAACAACGGAAGGUUAAGGAACAACUCCACUACUGAGCUAGAGGAAAAAACUUUAACUAUAAAGGAUUACCUGGAAUGGAGCAAGGAUAUGAUUGGAUGCGGAUCCGAGGAUGGGCCACCACGCUGGUUUUCGCCCUUGGAUUGCACUUGUCCAAUCAAAGACUCGCCUCUCUUGCUCUACUUACCAGGGAUUGAUGGUGUUGGACUUGGCCUUAUAAAGCAUCAUAAGAGACUUGGAAGGAUCUUCAAUAUAUGGUGUCUCCAUGUUCCAGUUACAGAUCGAACAUCGUUCACAGGUCUCUCCUUCCUCAUCUCCCUAUUUUUAAUAGGAAAAUUGCUUGCUAGAAUUUUAAUAGAUGGAAACCAAACAGCUGAAUAAGAAUAUUUAAAGAGUGGAAAUGGUAGUAAGUGCUGCUGCCCCUAAAUUUUGAUUCAUUGUAUGAUUCCAUAUGGAAAUUUAGAAGUUAUGAUAUGAGGAUGUAUUACUACUAUUAUUGUUAGUUUACAGCAUGUAUAUAAUGUAGUAUUGUCCCACAUUGGUAGAAGAGCAGUAUGUCCUUGUAUAAUAUAG